AUGAAUUAGCCUCCUUUGGGUAAACUCAAGACUGAUGAAAAAUAAAUUGAAUCAUAUAGAUACAAUUUUAAAAAAGGAAAAUUAGGCAAAGGCGCUUAUGGAACUGUCUAUAAAGGAAUGAACAUUCACACUCGAUAAAAUGUAGCCAUAAAGCUCGUUAGAAAAAGUGAUAUGAAGGAUGUGGAUGAUGAAAAAUAACUUUUAAAUGAAAUUUAAAUUUUAAAGAGUCUAAAGAAUCCGAAUAUAAUUGAGAUCAUUGACGUUCUACAAACAGAGAAUAAUUAUUAUAUAAUUUUAGAAUAUUGCAAUCAUGGUGAUUUGGAAUCAUUAAUUUAUAAAACUCAUUAGAUAACACAUGAGGACCAUUUUCAAUUUUUAAUCGACAUUUUGACUGCGUUCACUACACUAAUAAAGUAAGGAAUCAUGCAUCGAGAUCUUAAACCAGCGAAUAUAUUGGUUCAUAUAGAGAACAAUAGGAAAAUAUUUAAAUUAGGCGAUUUUGGUUUUGCUAGACAGAUCAGUAAUUAUAAAAACCAAAUAAUGGAGAGUAAAGUUGGAACUCCAUAUUAUAUGAGUCCUCAAAUAUUGAAUGGUCAAUAAUACACGAGCAAAAGUGAUAUUUGGAGUAUAGGAUUAAUGUUAUAUCAAAUAAUAUAUCAAAAAACUCCAUGGUUAGGUAGGUCUGAAAGUGAACUCCUUUACAAUAUAGUUCAUUAAAACUUGAAGUUCCCGGAUUAGCCUAUUGUGAAUGAGUUAUGUAAGGACUUUAUUUUGAAUUGUCUAUAAAUAAAGGAAGAAAACAGGUUUUCUUGGGAUACGUUAUAUCGUCAUCCAUAUAUAAGCGAAUAUUUUAUAAAAUUCUAGAUGCAACGAACCAAUUGUUAAAAGAAAUUAUUUUACAUUUAAAAUUAUCUGAAAUAGAAAAUUCCAAAUGUUGAUACUUUGACUCAAAUAUUUUAGAAGGUAGAUACAUCUGGAGAUCAAUAGUUAAAUUUGGAUGAAUUCAAGUGCUUCAUCUAAUAUCUUGACAAUAGCUUCAAUGAUGAUGAUGUGAAAUACAUUUUUGAUGAAUUUGAUAAAGAUGGAAAUGGAUAUGUUGAUUUCGAAGAAUUCAAACAAUAUUUAUAUCCUUCACCACCAAAAAAAGCAAAGCUUUAAAGGUCUUUGCAAAAAAAACAUAUGAUAAUAUUAUAAGAGUUAUCAAAUUUAAUAUAAUAGUACAAUAUGAGUCCAAGGUAAUUAUUUCGAAAAUAUGAUACUUCAAACAACAAUGCAUUAGAUAAGCAAGAGUUAUUUGCAUUAUUAAAGAAAAUAGACCUAAAUAAUCAAUUAUAAUUAGAAGACAUUGAAACUAUAAUAAGUGUGUUUGAUGAAAAUGAUGAUGGUGAAAUUUAGUUUGAAGAAUUCAAAAAAUGUUUGUAAAUGAUCCACAAUGAUGAAUUAUUCACAAUUAAUUCAAGUAAAAAAAUGAUUCUGGAAACGGAUGAGAAAAUAUAAACCGUUCCUCAAUUGAAUAAAAAAAUAAGUAUUGAAUAAUUGCAUAACCAAAAAUAUAUUUAGAAUGCUCAAAAUCAAUAAAUGAUAGUAUUACAAACAAAUCCAUAGAUAUCUUUUAAUCUCUGUUAAUGUAAUAUUUGA